AAGCAGCCCUGGGCGUUUAUUGUCAAGUAUUCGUGGUCUUUAUGAUGUACAUUUAGUUCCUUGCUAAAUGCGGUGCAAAACUACGCGUACAGUCCCUGCGCCCUACAUCCAAAGACAAUCACCAUACUCUCCUCGGUCGACCGGUCGGCGGUCAACAUCUACGCCACAUGGUAGUCGAUUGGCUGAAUGAGACGCUGACCUACCGCGGCCGGUCAACAUUUCUAAUUUGGCGCGUAUAGCAGGCCAUUACUAAGACAACCUCCUCCGAGUCACCAGACGAUGCUAGAUCAAGACGAGCUCGACCGCCUACGCGAGUUUCAUGCCGCCCACUUCCCGGGUCGUCCCAUUCCAGACCUUCCCAAGGUUGACCGAAGCCAUCCAACCCAGUCCUCCCCAGAGACGACCGCAGACGAGCAUGACAAUGCGCCACUGGGCUACUAUGACGAUGGCACAAAGAGGACAUUGACGGACAUCCAAGUCAAAAUGUUCAGGCACUCGGAGAUCCAACGACUGCUACAGGAGAGACGAUUGGCCAAAACCCAAAAGCAGAAACAUCACACACAACGACGCAACCUCCGCCCCCACCCUGGGGUUGGUUUCAAGUCACGAACUAUUGCUCAUUCUGAUAAGCCGACCUAUGCGACAGCCGUGGACACACUUGCAUAUGACGACGAGCCCACUCCCGAGCCGACCCUUGAGACAGCCGUCGACGCACUUGCAAAUGACGACGAGCCCAAGACCAACUCGGCGCUUCUCCAUCCUUCUAAAAAUAGUGGGCCGGUUUUUCUGUGGCCCCAGAUAGCCAACAAGUGAAAACAUGCUACAAUUCAGUCUCGACAUUAGAACCUUAUGAGACUGUCAGAUACAACGAGAUAAUCACAUUCAGGCACAUCCCCCCAUUGUGUGAUUACGAUAAGUUCUGCCUAUGCUUGAUGGCUUUGGUAUCCUUGGACGCUUAAUCAGACUCAUUUGAUGCUUCUUCUCCGACUUCAUUUGGACCAGUGGUUGUGGUAUCCUCGGACGCUUGAUCAGACUCAUUUGAUGCUUCUCCUCCGACUCCAUUUGGACCAGUGGUUGUGGCAUCCUCGGGCGCUUGAUCAACCUCGUUUGGUGCUUCUACCCCGACUCCAUUUGGACCAGUAGUCUCGGCGUCCAUCUCAAUAUCCCUAUCCAAAUUUAUCCCCGCAGGAUAACUGGUAAGAGGCAUGACUGGCCCUCCCCAAGUUCCGGCUUGGCCGACAUCCACAUCUAUGAGCGACCUGGCCAUUUCCAUUGUCGUCUGAUCGGGGCUGUUGCUAUGGGCCGCAAGAGAUCUCUCCGGGCGUCGAGGGUUAUUCUAAAAGAGUCAGCAGGGCGGCCUCGAACAUCUGCCAUUCAUCCAUACCUGGGAAGAGGAUCGUAUGUACUAAUAUGCAGCAAGGUCUUGUUAGUUGAAUACUGUUCGGGUCACUCUUUGGCAAUUUGGUCGACUCGAAGCCCACUGCACGAUACAACAUAGGAAUUGAUGAACAGACUUGUAUUGCUGGACCAUGUCCAUUUUAUACUGUUCAUAAUCUACACCUUUCAACACACCGCUUUUUUCAUGGCUCCAUGCUGCCCAAAACCUUUGAUCCUGAGGCUGUUAAACGAAAAUCUUCUUCCCCGACGCUAAUACAUGGGAUCCCAAUUGUUGGCAUGGGUCAAAGGGCAUCCUAUCAGCCUUAGAGCAAUUGGCGUGGGCUUAUUUUCCCGCUUCCCGGUUCCGCCACCGGUCUCUCCAUAAGCGACUCGAGGAGGCCCAAGACUACGGCGUUCAUUUGAUGGAGGCAGGGCCAGCCUGACAACAGGGAUUCUUUUCGAAGCUCUGAGAUUCCUCGUUCCCCGUCCCG